GCAUCAGUUGCUCUGUGCUCUCAGUGAUCAUGAUUGGUGUCCAAGUUGCGAUUCUCUGUCUGCUUCCGGUGGCCAUUCUGGCCAAACCAACGCUGCCAUUUCACGCAAAGUGGCUUGCGGCGCAGAGUAAGAAUGUCGAGGAGCAGAGUGGUAACUUCCAGGGCGACAUGAUCCUGUCGCCGAAGCAACUUCUUGCCCUCAAGCAGCGCACCGGCUACAUUGCUGAGCGCUAUCGUUGGCCGAACAAGACUGUGCCGUACGAACUGAGCGACGAUUUCACGGACGAACAGAAGCAAUUCAUUCGUCAAUCCUUGGACAUGAUCGAGGAGGUUUCCUGCGUGCGUUUCGUGCCGAAGAAUGCCUCGCACAACAGCUAUGUCUUGGUUCGAGGUGACGAUGCUGGAUGUUCGUCUUCUGUGGGCUUCCAAAAUCGUCGCCAGACACUGAAUUUGGCACCAAAUGUUCCUGGCCAGGGAUGCUUCCGCAACGGCACGAUCGUGCACGAGUUUCUGCACGCUCUCGGCUUCUUUCACAUGCAGAGCGCCUCUGAUCGUGAUGACUUCGUGACGAUUGUCUGGGACAACAUCAAUCCGAUGUUCGUGAGGAACUUCGAGAAGUUCGACGACACGGUGAUUUCGCACUUUGGCGUCCGCUACGACUACGACAGCGUGAUGCACUAUCCCAGGACGGCCUUCACGAUGAACGACGAAGACACGAUUGUUCCGCUCGAUCCAGAGGCGGAAAUUGGCCAGAGAGUGAGACUGAGCCAAGGAGACAUUGACAGAUUGAACAACAUGUACGAUUGCCAGGCGAGAAAUUGAAUAAA